AGUUAGAACCACGUCCCAGGAAGAGCCCCGGGAUGUCGUUGGUUUGUUUCCGGAAACCAGGCUCUAGGAAGGUGGGACUGAGAGCUGGGAGCCGACAGCGGCAGCUAUUAAUUGGCCACGAUAUGGGAUUGACGGUUGCACUGACUAAUGGGAACAAAGAACUGCCGAGAGGGCCCGCCCACAGAAGGAACAGGAGGAGGUGGCGGCAUCCGCGUCCGUCGCGGCCGGACACUGCUUAGGGCGGCGGACUGGCUACACAUGAAGCUUACCUUUGACCUCUCCCCGUCUGCCUCCGGCCUUGACUUGUGACAUUAGGCUCUUUUGGGCUCCUCUGGCCCAGCUACCCAGAUCCCAGACCCCAACCAUGUUCCCGGUGAAGGUGAAAGUGGAGAAAUCAGAGUUGGAGAUGGCCAAGGCCCGGAACCAACUGGAUGCUGUUCUGCAGUGUCUGCUAGAGAAGAGUCACAUGGACAGGGAGCGUCUGGAUGAGGAACCUGGGAAGACCUCCUCAGACACCCACAACAAGGAUUGCUCCAUCACGGCCACUGGCAAACGACCAUCUGCCCGAUUCCCCCACCAGCGGAGGAAGAAGAGGAGGGAGAUGGAUGAGGGGCUGGCUGAGGGAGGGCCACAGCGAUCCAACACGUAUGUGAUCAAGCUGUUUGACCGGAGUGUGGACUUGGCUCAGUUCAGUGAGAACACGCCACUGUACCCCAUCUGCCGAGCCUGGAUGCGCAACAGCCCCACAGUGCGCGAGCGUGAACGUUCACCCAACUCGCCGCUGCCGCCCCUGCCUGAGGAUGAGGAGGGUUCCGAGGUCACCAACAGCAAGAGUCGUGACGUGUAUAAGCUGCCUCCACCCACAGCUCCCGGGCCACCUGGAGACAUCUGCAGAUCCCGAAUUCCAUCCCCGCUGCAGCCUGAAACCCAGGGUACCCCUGAUGAUGAGCCCUCCGAGCCUGAGCCCUCACCCUCCGCACUUAUCUACCGUAACAUGCAGCGCUGGAAACGUAUCCGCCAGAGGUGGAAGGAGGCAUCUCAUCGGAACCAGCUUCGUUAUUCAGAGAGCAUGAAGAUCCUACGGGAGAUGUACGAGCGACAGUGAUGUUCCCCUGUCCCCACCCCCAUCCCAAUAAACAUUCCCCUCCUCCA